GGCAAAAUAAACAGUAUUGUAACACAGUGCGAUUUUUGCUGAAAUUAAUAAAAGAAAACAAAGUAAAAGUAUGUAAGGCAACAGGUACAUAGAUAUCCGUUCGUAAUAGAUGUAAAUAUUACAUUGACAUUACUCAAAGACUUAACAGGAAUAGACAAUCAAAAAUGGAUAUGCAAGACAUAAAAGUACUUUUUGACGGAUACUCCAAACUCGAUAAAGGUGACUACUAUGCAAAUUGUUCUUGUGUUUUAAUUAAAGGUCCCCACAAUGUUAUCAUUGAUACAAUGACUCCUUGGGACGGAGAUAAAUUGAUGAAUGCUUUAAAAGACGAAAAUAUUAGUUGCUCUGACAUAAACUACGUAGUGUCAACUCAUGGCCAUUCAGAUCACACAGGAUGUAAUUAUCUGUUUAAAAACGCCAUUCAUAUAGUAGGUUUUUCCAUUUCUCACAAAGAUAAAUACUAUACAGAUCCAGACUUUAGGAAUGGCGAACAAUACAAAAUUAAUGAUAAAAUAAAAGUAAUUCCAACACCAGGCCAUACAUUGCAAGACGUCUCAGUCAUUGUAGAAACUGACAAAGGAGUGUUGGCUGUCACAGGAGAUCUGUUUGAAAAAUUUGAAGAUCUUGAUAACGAGUAUAUUUGGUUGUCAGCAGGAAGCGAUUCCGAAAGUUUGCAAAGAGAAAACAGGCUGAAGAUUUUGAAAAUGGCUGAUUAUAUUGUUCCUGGUCAUGGUGCUAUGUUUGAGGUUCCAAAGAAAUAUAAGUAAAGUUAUUUUGUAUUGUAAAUCAAAUAAUAAUGCUUUGUAUACAUAGUUUUAUAUAUAAUAAUAGUCUCCCGUUUUAUACCGCACGCGGCUUUGGGAGUAUAGCAGGGUAGUCUGCUAUAUCUAGGGCCUACGGUAUACAAGGAAGGUAACAUGGCCAGUGCUACGCUUCAACCGCCUAUUAUUACCCCUGGUUUUACCCAAGG